UUACAUAAAAUCAAAGCCUACAAAGUUACAGUCAGCAAUUCGACCAAAAAAUGACAGGCAAUGUAUUGUGAAAUUUGAAAACAGGAAGGCCAACCAGGAUGCGAUAUUGACCAGGAACAAACUUUGUGUAUUCACCUUAAGUACUUGAACAGGAAUUGAGUGUCAUGUCAGAAUUAAGACACACUCGUGGCGUGAGAUAUCACUGAUUGUUCAGAGGACAGUGCGUUCAAAGACGUGAAGACGCUGUCUCAAAAGCUAUAUAUUAAAGAUUGUUGUUAAUCUUUGGGGAAGUGGUUGAGCUGUCAGCUUUCUGGGCCUUUCUGUGAUAAAUUGUGUUUACAUUUCGUGUUGAAAGUUCAUUGCGUGUUUCUCAAGACAAGAAACUGGUCCAAAACAAAGCGAGAAGAUAUUGCCUAAGAUCACGACAGCAAAAACAUCGCCAGUCUGAGAUUUAUAUUAAACAUGGCCGCCGAAAUAUCGGACGGUGAAGAUAUUUUAUUCCACAACGUUCAACGUCUUAUGCACGAAGACCUCACCAGAGCCCGUGCUGGAUUCGACAGAGCAGCUGCCUUCGUAAAUGGCUUAUUUUGUGAUCUUACAAGCAUUGAUAUAAGGUUUGAGUUUGAUCCUGUGUCGCUGGAUGACUGCAGAUGCGAGAAAGUGGCACUCAACGAGUUCAACUUGAUGUGUACCUUGAAGCAUCUGCCGUAUGAAGAGAUGGAUUUGGAAGGAGAUGCAAGUUGUGGAGCGGUCAAAGUUAAAUUGGCUGAGAGUUAUCGAGACAGUUACGACAAAGUAUGCUGGGUAGACGUGUGUUCACAGUGUCCUGGAUCAACAGAACGCUAUCUGGAUACAAAUAAGAUCCGUCUUUCCUUGCACCGUGCGAUACAAACAAUAUUAUCAUGUGAAAAUCAAGAGGGUGCGUCUAUCAUCUGCCAGACGAAAUGCGGGUUUAUUACUUUGGUUGUAAAUCUUCACCUCAAUGGUGUUUAUAAAUUUAACUUAUUACCAGCGAUGUGGGUGAGCAGGAAGUGCUCUGCUUUAAAGAAAUUUGAUGAAAGAAUUGCUCACGUGUUUAACACUCUGGACGACACCGACUGUGUUGAAUGCAUUCAAAUUGUAGCCCGACCAACCGCGACGCUUCAAGACACACUUUGGAGGAUCACCUUCAACGAUCUGGAAAACAGAAUCCUGAAUCUUAAAAAAUUCUUCUGCGUUCAGCAUUGUAUCUUUGCCAUACAUUCCCUUCAAAAGAAACACCUUCGCGCUAAAAGCCUUCCUAGUUUAUCUCUGUAUAACAUUCGUUUGAUUACUUUGCGAGAAAUAUUAAGGAACCCACAGCCGAAGGAGUGGUCAGCAGGAAGAUUUGGCGUUCGUCUGGAUGCCAUGCUGAAGUCAAUCAAAACAGCUUUGAAUCAGAAAACCAACAAUAACAUCUUCACGCAUGUCAAUAUCCUUGGCAAUUGCAACAAGAGAGAUUUGAAGCUGUUAGGUCGAGAAUUCAGUCGAAUAAGAAAAUUCAACAAGCAAAUAUUUUUGCUGUCUUGAACAAUUGAAAAUAUCGCAAUCUUUGGAAAAAAAUAAACUAUUCUUAAAAUUAGUUCACUUAGCAAAGCCUUGUUCAGAUUAUAGACCGAUGUUAAAAAGAAUAUUAUCAGAGAUUUAUCA